CCCCCACCCCCCCUCUAGAGCUGCAGUCGAGAGCUAAGCUCAUAAAGGAAGUUUCCCCCACAAUUUUUGGCCAUGAUGGGCCAAGCAGGAGCCCAGAGACUUGCGACAGGAACCUGGAGAAGAUUCAUAAAGGAUGGCAGAUGUUUCACUACCUCAGCUUCUCACCGGAACGCUUCAUCCUCACCUGCAGCCAAUCAGAAAACGCCGUCCUAUAGCUAUGUGGUCAUUGGGGCAGGGUCAGCGGGUUGCGUCCUCGCCAAUCGCCUGACAGAAGACGCCCAGGAGUCCGUGUGUCUGCUGGAGGCCGGACCCAAGGACAAGUGGCUAGGAAGCUCCCGACUCUCGUGGAAAAUCCACAUGCCAGCCGCACUGACCUACAACCUCUGUGAUGACAAGUAUAACUGGUUCUACCACACGUUACCUCAGGCCCACAUGGACAACAGGGUGCUGUACUGGCCCAGGGGUCGAGUCUGGGGAGGAUCCUCCUCACUUAAUGCCAUGGUUUACAUCCGUGGACAUGCAGAGGACUACAACCGCUGGCAGAGAGAGGGUGCAGAGGGAUGGGACUAUGAGCAUUGUCUGCCUUACUUCAGAAAAGCCCAGAGCCAUGAACUGGGAGAAAAUAGGUACAGAGGUGGCAGCGGUCCUCUUCACGUGUCCAGAGGAAAGACCAACCAUCCUCUGCACAACGCUUUUAUCGAAGCAGGCCAGCAGGCAGGAUACCCCUUCACUGAUGACAUGAAUGGAUACCAGCAGGAAGGCGUUGGCUGGAUGGACAUGACCAUCUACAAAGGAAAGAGAUGGAGCACUGCCAGUGCCUACCUCAGACCUGCACUGGGUCGGCCCAAUCUGACGACAGAGGUGCACUGCUUGACCACCAAGAUCCUGUUUGAUGGCAAGCGUGCUGUGGGGGUGGAGUACGUGCAGAACGGAGAGAAAAAGAGAGUGUUUGCAGAUAAAGAAGUGAUCUUGAGUGGAGGAGCCAUCAAUUCCCCUCAGCUUCUCAUGCUGUCUGGUGUGGGAAAUGCAGAUGAAUUGAAAGACCUCGGUAUUCCUGUCAUUCAGCACUUGCCAGGCGUUGGUAAUAACCUGCAGGACCACUUGGAGCUGUACGUCCAGCAGCAGUGCACUCAGCCCAUCACCUUGUACAAGGCCCAGAAGCCUUUCCACAUGAUCAAGAUUGGCCUCGAGUGGCUAACUCUUUUCACCGGCUACGGAGCUACAGCCCACUUGGAGAGCGGAGGGUUUAUCCGGAGUCGACCUCACGUCACACACCCUGACAUUCAGUUUCAUUUCCUGCCCUCACAAGUUAUUGACCAUGGCCGGGUUCCUUCAAAGAUAGAGGCGUAUCAGGUUCAUGUUGGACCGAUGAGAAGCACCAGCAUUGGCUGGAUGAAGCUGAAAAGUCCCAAUCCCACAGAUCACCCAAUUCUCCAGCCAAACUAUCUCUCCACUGAUAUUGAUGUGUGGGAAUUCAGGCAGUGCGUCAAACUGUCCAGAGAAAUUUUCGCUCAGAGUGCCUUCGACCAGUUCCGCGGUCCUGAGGUCCAGCCCGGUCUCCAGGUCCAGUCAGACGCCGACAUCGACGCUUUCGUCCGCCAGAAGGCCGACAGCGCCUACCAUCCCUCCUGCACCUGCAAAAUGGGGUCCGCCUCCGAUCCGACGGCGGUGGUGGACUCGAGCGCACGCGUCCUGGGUCUGGAGGGACUUCGGGUGGUUGACGCUUCCAUCAUGCCCAGCAUCGUGAGCGGGAACCUGAACGCCCCUACGAUCAUGAUAGCAGAAAAGGCAGCCGACAUGAUCAGGGGUCUGCCUCCUCUCGUGGACCGGGUUCCUGUGUACCAGCCCCCGACGCUCGAAACGCAGAGAUGAUCGGCCGAUUCGAUGAUUUAACUAGAACGAUCUCUGAGGUGGGAGCAGCGGGGAAUUUAAUCAACAAAAAGUGUGACUUAAUUUUGUUUAACUUUUGAUUCGCUUAAACUCUU